CUACAGACAGUGUGUUGAAGACAUUCGUAUUCUAAACACAAUUCUUAUUGAAGACUUUAAAUAAUUCAUAAUCAUAUUAUUUAUUUUUGAUUCAAAGCUAAAUAGUGUUAAUUAUAUCUACGAAUAUAAAUUAUAUUAUACUAACGGUUUUUUUAACUUUUUAAUUUUAUAAUAUAAUUUAUUAAAUGUUUUAAACAUUUUUUUUUUUUUACAAACGAGUAAAUGUUGUUGACAAAUUCCAUACAAUCAUCUUAGAGAAUCAGGCUACUAUAUGUCAGCCAUUAUGCGGUGUGCAAGUCUAAUGGUUUGCGUCUUAGCUCUGGUGACAUGUGCCAGCACCGCAGGUAUUUUGUACCCACGAGAGUCCGAAUCUCGGGAAGUCAAAUCGCUGGAUGGCAUGUGGAAUUUCAGACUAUCUCUUCCCGACCCCCUCGUCGGUUUCAAGGAACGCUGGUACAUGAAAGACCUGAGCAAGACUGGUCCAGUGCUCCAAAUGCCGGUGCCCAGUAGUUACAACGACGUGAUGGUGGACAAAAAAAUCAGAGAUCAUGUCGGUUUGGUUUGGUACGAUAGAUCGUUUUUCGCCCCUGAGUCUUGGAGGCAGCAGGGUUAUAGAGUUUUCUUAAGAUUUGGCAGUGUUAAUUACGCAGCUCAAGUAUGGGUGAAUACACAUUUAGUACUCAAUCACGAAAUUGGACAUUUACCUUUUCAAAGAGACAUAACAGCUAAUCUUAAGUUUGGACGGCUGAAUAGAAUAACCGUAGCCGUGGAUAACGUUUUAUUAGCAACGACUGUACCACAAGGAUCUUUACAAAACAUUAGCACAAAUACUGGACCUAAGACCAUACAAACGUAUACGUUUGACUUCUUCAACUAUGCCGGUAUACAUAGGUCCGUGUUCCUGUACACAACACCUAUUUUGUACAUCGACGAUGUCGACGUGACGACCGAUGUCACCGAGGAUGGCGUAGGUAUAAUUAAUUACAACAUACAAUAUGGAGGAUCGCUGAGCAGUGGCGAAAAGUUAAAUUGUUCAGUAACAUUGCUGAACAACGAAAACGUGCGAGAAAAAAUCACCGUGAUCACCAACGACGAAGAAGGUCUGUCGGGUAUUGUAAAAAUCGAAAACGCGAAACUGUGGUGGCCGUAUUUGAUGCACGAAGAACCGGGAUAUAUGUACACGUUGGAGAUCCGGCUUUCGACCACUUGGAAUGUGGACGACGUAUACCGAUUACCGGUCGGCAUCAGGACGAUCAAGUGGACGAAUACGGCGUUCCUCAUCAACAGCAAACCGGCGUACUUGAGAGGGUUUGGGCGACACGAAGAUUCAGAUAUACGAGGGAAAGGAAUGGACUACGCGCUGGUGACCAGGGACUACGACCUCAUCAAGUGGAUCGGAGCGAAUUCUUACCGGACGUCGCACUACCCGUACGCUGAAGAAAUCAUGGACUUUGCCGACAGACAUGGCAUAAUGAUCGUAGACGAAUGUCCCAGUGUUGACACCGAUAAUUUUUCUGAUAAACUAUUGAAGAAACAUACUACGAGCUUAGCGGAACUAAUCAAGAGGGACAAAAAUAGACCUAGUGUGGUCAUGUGGUCCAUUGCAAACGAGCCACGAUCGGAUCACAAAGACGCCGAUUCGUAUUUCAAAUCUGUAGCUAAUUUUGUCAAAACCUUAGACGGUUUGCGGCCCAUAACAGCAGCUAUUGCGACACAACUCGAUACUGACCAACUGGGUCAGCAUUUAGACAUCAUCGGCUUCAAUAGGUACAAUGGCUGGUACUCAUUACCCGGUCACACGGAGAUCAUCAAGAGCCGGAUAGAAGACGAAGCAGCCAAAUGGCACGCCAAACACAACAAGCCGGUUUUCAUGACAGAAUACGGUGCUGACACGUAUGCCGGUUUGCAUAUGGCUCCUUCGUUCGUUUGGUCUGAAGAAUAUCAGGUAGAGCUGAUGUCCGAACAUUUCAAAGCGUUCGACGUGCUCCGAAGUAAAAACUUCUUCAUAGGUGAAAUGAUAUGGAAUUUCGCGGACUUUAAAACCGAGCAAACUGUCACAAGGGUAGGAGGGAACAAGAAAGGUAUUUUUACACGACAGCGAGAGCCUAAAUCGUCGGCGCAUCAUCUGAGAAAAAGGUACUGGUCAUUGGCCAAUCAUUUGGACGGUGCACAAUUACCUUGCAACCUUCAAUCUUACGUGAUAGAUGGUCAAAAUAAUGUUGAACUUUAAAAUUUAAAUAUAAUAUAAUGGUAAUAAUUGUCGACUGUGAUUUAACAUAUUAUAUAUAACAGUCUUCCUAAAAAUAUGAAAAAUAUGGAGAUAUAUAAGUAAGCAUUAGCAUACUAUACUAUUUCUGUUUGUGUAUUUAUUAAUAAUAUUAUAAUUCAUAAUUAUAUAAUAUAAAUUAAUAUAGUUGUUCGUAUCGGAUAUACCAAGAAUAUUAUGAAUUUCUAUGUAAGCUGAUUUAUUUAAAUAAGAAAAAUUGGGUUGCAUUUUAAUGGCUUAUGGCGAAGUUACUAUUAUUUAAAAUGUAAGACUAUAUUUAGUCAAUUACCUAAUACCUAUAUACAAACAAUAUAAUGUUUUACAUGUUACAAUUAUUAAUUACAUAACUUUUCAUCUAAUGUACCUUGUGUAAUUUAUUUUUAAAUGAUUUUAGUAGUAUAGUUUUAAAAAAAAUUGGAUUCAAUAUAAACUAAGUAGGUACCUUGGUACCUAUAUAAUGCUGUGUUUUGUAUAGGUACCUGAUAGAAAAAAAACAAUAACUUAUUUUAUGGAUAAUAUUUUUACUUAUAUUUUAUAUAUUAUGCUUUUUGUUGUAUAAAAAUGCUUAAGAUGUUUUGCUUUCGAAUUUAAAAGUCCAACUUUUAAUUUCAUACUUAUAUAUAUAUAUAUUUGUUAAGUUUUAAUUAUUUUAAUACCCAUUUGAAAACAAACUUCUCUUGCUAUUGUAUAUGUAAAUUGUAUUUAUACUAAUAAAUGUGUGUAAACGUUUUUUUUUCAAAAA